AUGUUCAGUUAUACUACAGCUUCAAGCAUUUGGCGCAGAGAUAUACGUCGAAGGCGAAGUCUACACUAUUGUGCAUAUUUGAGACGUCGCUAUGUGAAAUAUAACUCAUCCACCAACGAGAAUGAAAAUGGGGCAAAGGGCAGUAGGGAAGUUUUACAUGAUUACAAGAAGAAGCUGAAUAGCACCACCAAACAGUGGAGUAACUCCGGAUCUCUCAAGUUUCAAAACUUUAAACAUCGUCCCGUAUCGUCGCUGAAAUGGAACAAGUCACUUUCCAACAAUCACGAGGAAAAUCACGACGAAUCAACAAGUACAAAUCGAGAAGCUCAAAAUGGAUCACCAUCUAAAGAAUUUGAUAUGAGCUCGUUGCGAUCGUUUAUCAAAAGUGGACAAGAGCUAGCUCGUGAUAAGAGUAUGGGAAAUGAGGAGCCAAAGCAUCCUCAGGAUCAGGGCGUAGACAAAGAACUGUUCUUGGAUAAUUCAAGUACCCCCAAAGAUAGUGCAAGUGAUCUCACAAAGCUUGUUGGGAUGAUCAAAACGAAGAAGAAAUAUUUUGAUAUUGAGCAACCCAAUUUCAACUUGGAUAGACCAAACAAGGAGAUUCUCGACGGUAUCAAAAGCAGAUCGGAAAAGUCAAAAAAACUUCUGUACAGAGAUCCUUCGAACCUGUGGAAGGAAGAAAUAGGUAACUUCAACGAGCUAAAGAGCUUUUUCAAGCAACUACCCCAGCGAGUCAAAAUUAACGGGAACCUAAUGAACAGUCCGGUGAGAGUGGGGGAUUUAGUUACCUUUGGUUCAGAGAGUCUUCGGUUGUACAUUGUUGCUGAGACCCCUAAAUCAUUUGAUUCUCGAAUUGCCACGUUUCUUUCUGACAAGGGAGAAAUUGUGUUUUCUAGUUUCUCAAACGUGAAUUACAGAAUACCCCAAGCCAUUCCUGAAAAGUACAUGGAAACUAUUGGUAACUUUGUCACAGAAGAGCAAAAGUAUUUAGAUAAUCCGCCAGUAGGCAUACCAGAUCUAAACUUUACUAGAUCUGCUGCAUCGUUGCCAAUAGAAUUGCAAAAGGGUGAAACCGAAACCACUGCUGAAGUAGAAGGCGAAGUGUCCGAGUACGAUUCCAAUGACCUUGUCUUAUCCCAGGCGUCAUCCCAACUAUUGACCAAUUCAAAUGUGAGGACAUUUAUUAUACCAAAUGCAGCUCGCGAAUUGUUUCAUGCGGCAUUGACGCAGAUAUCAAACAAUGCAUUUCGCAAGGUCCAUGAAACAAACAAGAAAUUGGAAGGAUUGCAUAGAAUAUUGCAAAAUGACGAGACUGGAGAGAUAAAUACACCUCGAUCCAUUUCCAUUUUCGAAAUUUUGAGCAAAUUGAAUGUUCAUCUGGAACCUAAUGUCCCAUCGAAUGGAGCGUCUUUCGGAAUUCUGCCCAAUCAACUGGUGGAUUAUGCCUCAGAAAACUUUGUCGCUGCAGAAUACUUGUCUGUUUUAUUUGCAUUGAGGAAGCAAAGCAGGCUAUGGACAAUCCAGCGAGACAAGGCAUCUUUUUCACCGACUAAAGUUAUCAUAUGGCCCUUGGCGCAAGUUGCCCACGAAGACGAAGUAAUUAGAGCUCUUAGAGGAAAGGAGUUUGGAAAAGUGGCACAAUACUGUACAGAAAGACUUCUUGGCAAAACAGAGCUAGCUAAACCGACAUUGUAUGACAGUGUGGUAAACAUGUUGAAGGAAUAUGUAAAUGGAAAGUUUGACGACGAUCCAAUGGUGUCGACGACACUAAUUUCUUUAUUGAGAAGGAUUGACAGCUUACUUUUAAACCAGGGAGAGGUAAUCCCAGAUGAUUCCUACAAGUUUGAAUACUCGUUUGGUAAAGCAUACGAUUUGUUGACAAGGUUGAACCAGGAUGUCAAUGUCAAUCCUGUUAAAUGGACAGCGGAAUCUGAUCUUCCUGGACAACAUACUUCCAUAAAGGCAGAUUUGCAAGGUACAUACUUCAAAUACUUUGACAAGGUGUAUGAGCUCCGCGAGAAAGAUGAGAUUGCACAAAAGACAUUAACAGACAAUUUGUACGAAAAUGAUCCCCUCAGUGACAAGAGAAUUGACAUGAAAGAAGUGUCGAUAUAUUGCAUUGACGACGCAACAGCUCACGAAAUUGAUGACGGAAUUUCUCUACAUGAAGAAAAUGGCAAGUACGUAGUUACAAUUCACAUCGCAGAACCAAGCUCGUACAUUAAACCAGACUCGAUCAUCAGCAGCAUUGCGUAUGGGAAAGCAUCCACCACGUAUCUUCCCGAGGCAGUGUUCCCAAUGUUGCCUCAAAUGGUGUCGAAAAUUGCCGGAUUGGGACUGAAUGGAGUAGAGACGAGGACAUUUGUUGUGCAGUAUAAAUUAAACAAAAGAGAUGUUGAUGACUGCAUUAGUAGAGCAUUGAAGGACAGCCUGUAUGCUCCCGACAAAGUUCUUUUAGACAAUAUCAAAAAGAACGUUUACGAUAGUAGUGAGGUGAAAUUUGCACUUACCAAAAGGUUUCGUCAAGGCUUUACGUAUGACGCUGUGAAUAAAUUGCUUCUAGAUGACUGUAAAAUUAGCAAAUAUCGAGAUGCUUCAACUUCUGGUGAUGCUGAUUUUGACAAUUUGAUAAAAUUGCAAUAUAUUUCAUCGCUAUUGUGGAGAAUCAGAGAAUCAAAUAAUGCAUACACAAGUGGCCAAAACAAGAAGUUGAUGGUGGGGACAAACAAGGACUCUAAUCAUACAUCGGUUGAAGAAGAUGGCAGCUACAAGCUAAGUCUUCCAAACAGCGACAAGUCCAUUGAAAUCACAUCUGAAAGUACAAAUAACUUGUCAACUCAAUUGGUGACUGAAAAUAUGAUAAUCGCUAAUCAUUUGACUGCCAAGUUUGCCAACGAUAAAGGCAUUAAAAUAUUGUACCGCAGUUUAGACCCAAAGUUUAAUCCAGAAUUGUUGCUAGAGUAUAAGGAGUUAGUUCGGCAGGAAAGAAGUGAUAUUGAUCAGGAAAAAUUGUUGAACCUUUACGCAUUCUUGACGAGAGGGAUAAUUUCGGACAAACCAGAGAAGCACUUUAUGAUGGGGUUGAACAUGUACACAAAUAUAUCCUCACCGUUGCGAAGAUUUAUUGAUAUGGUCAACCAAUGGAAAUUUCAGGAUUACUUUCUUGGAAAAACCUCAGUGUCGGAUGAGAGUAUCGGAGGAAUUGUAUCCAAGUUGAAUGCCAAGAAUGAUAUCGUGAGAAGUAUACAAAGGGACUCGAUAACCUUUUGGCAGUUGUUGUUUUUGAAAAUUUUCCACGAGCAAAAUAGUGGCAAUAUAACAGAAAUGCUAGAUUUGAAGUUAUCGCUUCGUUCCAACCCCAAAAAGGGGAUGACGGUUGCUGUAAAUUUGAAAACAUUUUCCAGUGUCAAUGCGCAUGUUGAUGUUAGUCAAGAAUUGUUGGAGGAUGUAGGUUCGGGACAUUUGGGUGCUGGGGAUUUGCUUGAUAGUUCAAAAUUGCAUUUGAAAAAGAUUGAUGUGAUUGAGAAUCUAUUGAUAUUUGAAUAUAGAUGA